AUGGCCUGGCUGAUGAGUACACGGCUGCUGCUCCUGCUAGUGUGGGUGGUCACCCUAGUGGGGGCCCAGCCCAGGACUUCACGGGCCAGGACUGAAGUUCUAAAUGUCUGCAUGGACGCCAAGCAUCACAAGGAAAAUCCAGGCCCUGAGGACAAGUUGCAUAAGCAGUGCAGGCCCUGGAGGAAGAAUGCCUGCUGCUCCACCAACACCAGCCAGGAAGCCCAUAAGGAUAUUUCCUACCUGUACAGAUUCAACUGGGACCACUGUAGAGAGAUGGCACCUGUGUGCAAACAGCACUUCAUCCAGGAUACCUGCCUCUAUGAGUGCUCCCCCAAUUUGGGGCCCUGGAUCCAGCAGGUGGACCAGAGCUGGCGCAAAGAGAGGAUCCUGAAUGUGCCUCUGUGCAAAGAGGACUGUCAGGACUGGUGGGAGGAUUGUCGCACCUCCUACACCUGCAAGAGCAAUUGGCACAAGGGCUGGAACUGGACCUCAGGGUAUAACCAGUGCCCAGUGGGAGCUGCCUGCCAACCCUUCCAUUUCUACUUCCCCACACCUGCUGUUCUGUGCAAUGAAAUCUGGACUCACUCCUACAAGGUCAGCAACUACAGCAGAGGGAGUGGCCGCUGCAUCCAGAUGUGGUUUGACCCAACCCAGGGCAACCCCAACGAGGAGGUGGCGAGGUUCUAUGCUGCAACCAUGAGUGGGACUGGGCUGCAUAGGGCCUGGCCUCUCCUGCUUAGCCUGGCCCUAACACUACUCUGGCUGCUCAGCUGA